AUGUUGACAGUAGUAUCUCUGCUACUAUACGAUUUCGAAUUUCACCAUCCAUUCUAUGCAUACGACUUAUCCCCCCUUGGUAUCUUGCAGAAAUUCACUCAGUCGUCUCAGCCCGAACUCUAUCUCGAAAAGAAUGACGACGGUUUUGUGAGAUUAGUCUAUGAAGUAGGAUAUUUGGAGGGAUACUUUGAGAACCUAGUUUUGACAUGUCUCUUAACAAAUGCCCAAAGCGGUAUGCCAUUGGCCAAAGUCAUGCGGCUAUCUCAGUGGAAUAACGAGAACAUUGCCUUUCCAAACGUCUACUCAAUGAAUGAAACAUGCCAUUUGGAUGAAUUACCUCUGGGAACUGUAUAUUUGCCCUUUGAAAUGAAUGCCAAGCCAAAGCUUCAAGCUGACAUAUAUCUCAUGCUAUUCGGAUCUGGCCCAGUGACUGUGAAUGCUACCUGUCAACUUAAUGACUUCAAUGUGCCGAUUUUACGAACUCAUGUGGGGAGCCUUCAAGUGACUUCGAAUUGGAUUGUAAGUAUUCACUAA